UUCRURAAUGUGUUYUUCAUAUUUUUGUCCGCUAUUUUACUUUUAAUUCUCUUUAUAAGAAAUCGAAAGAGUAAUUCAAUGAAAAGGGUAAGUGUAGURGUWCUUGGAGAUGUUGGAAGAAGUCCUCGGAUGCAAAACCACGCGCUGUCGUUUGCAAAGGCGGGCUUUCACGUGGACUUGGUUGGCUUUGGCGGAUCCCGUUUGAUUAAAGACUUAGACGGUCACCACAAUGUAUCACUAUUUCUCUUGGGAGAUUUUCCUUCAAAGUUAUCAAAGUUGCCAAGAAUGCUAUAUUACCUUGUCAAGGCUAGUUAUCAAUUUUUACAAUUGUUUAUGGUCCUGUUUAGCUGUGCAAUUCAUAGUUCUCAUGUUGUUGUUCAGAAUCCUCCAGCUAUCCCUACACUAGCAGUAGCUUGGGUAGCCUGUGUCAUUUGUAAUGCUAAGCUAGUCAUAGACUGGCAUAACUAUGGUUAUACUAUAUUAUCCCUUGCCUUAGAUAAUCCUGAUCAUUUAUUAGUCAAAAUUGCAAAAUGGUAUGAACAUGGGUUYGGAAAGAUGUCAACCUUGAAUUUGUGUGUUACAGAGGCCAUGAGAGAAGAUUUGUUGUAUAACUGGCAAAUAAGGGCUAACACUUUAUAUGAUCGUCCUCCUGAAAGGUUUAAAUCAGCAGAACUAGAAACAAGACACCAGUUAUUUAUUAAGCUAUCCAAUGAAUAUCCUGAAGUUUUUGGACAAAAAGACAGGCUCUCAGAGUUUGCCAUCAAAGUUGUUGAGGAAAUUACAGCUUUUACUGUUAGAAAUUCAUUAGGAAAAGUGAUUGAAAGAGAUGAUAGGCCAGCACUUCUUGUCAGUAGUACAAGUUGGACAGAGGAUGAGGACUUUUCUGUGUUGUUAGAUGCUUUAGAAGAUUAUGAGAAACAUGCCACUGAUUCAAAUUCYAAUUUACCAAGACUAGUUUGUGCAAUAACAGGUAAAGGUCCAUUGAAGGARUACUACCAGAAUCUUAUAGCUGGAAAACAGUUCAAGUUUGUAAGUGUCUGCACACCCUGGCUUGAGCCUGAGGACUACCCAAGACUCUUAGGUUCAGCCAAUCUGGGUGUGUGUUUACAUAAAUCCUCAUCUGGUUUAGAUCUACCAAUGAAGGUUGUUGACAUGUUUGGGUGUGGUCUCCCUGUGUGUGCUAUUGAUUUUAAAUGUAUAAGCGAGCUUGUCCAUCAUAAUGAAAAUGGAUUGAUAUUCAAAGACAGCAAAGAGCUUUCCAAGCAAAUGAAGGAGCUCCUCACUGGUUUCCCAAAGAGUCAAACUAAACUACAAGCCUUUCGAGAUAAUUUGAAAGGUUUUCAGGAAUUGAGAUGGGAUGAAAGCUGGAAUAACGUUGUCCUUCCRCUAUUAGGGAGAUAGUACAUACCACUAGCUUARCAACCACGUCUCGUCCUGUUGGUCCAUUUGCCAACACGCGGCUUGCCGGCGAGGAAAGAUGAAAAAAAUCCACAACAUCACAAAAAGACGCAAAGAAAUCAUUCAUGUUGAAGAGAAAUUGAAGACCCGGUAUCAUGAUAACAAGAAUUAAAUUGCCGACCAAACAAAGCAACUACUGGUGUUUUUACUGUGUAUUCUUUGUUCUCGUUCUGAUUGUUGAUUAGAUUCUCCCUACGUCAAUUCCCUCGUGUUUAUUAGCAUUUUCCUCACUGAUUCCACGCCUUCUUGAAUGAUCGUAUUUCACGCUGAAUAAGACCCAGACAAGUUGAUAMUUUCGACCUCAGUACUAUUUGAGGCGGAAUCGCUUUCUCUUUUCAUA